AGUUGAAUGCUUCUUUUAUAUUCCACUUCAACACUUUGUUCAAUUUGAGCAUUUCAUUCAUUUCAUUUCAUUCAUUCAUUCACAGACAUUGAAAUGCUUCCAGGAGUUGAAUGUGCUCGAAAGAGACGCUUGCAUCAAAGCGCAGCACAUGAUUCCCCAAAGCACUCUUUCUGUUUGUAUGCAAGGAACUUCUCACCUUCCUUUCCCUCACCCUCCACACUGAAUAGAAACCCGGAUGAGGAGGAUCAGGAUCUGGGAGGAGAAGCCAUGGUAGCCAAACGGAGAUUGGAUGAGAAGUUCUCAGCACAUAUGAAGCCAGAAAACCAGAGCCACAGCCGGAAAGGGAAGAACCUUAUUCAUGGUUUUUGGCAGCAAAUCACAUCUUAGAAAUAUAAGAGGAAAGAUAUGAAAUUGGGGUGAAUUUUAGUUAUUUGGAAUGAGGGAAAAAGAAUAUAAAAAAAAUGAUUGUGUAUUACUAAUUUACCUUUAUAUAUAUUAUUUGAACAUUUUGUUUCUAAAA